CAAGAGAAAAAAAAAAACGAGAGGAGAGCGGAGAGACAGACAGGAGCCAAAUCUACGUCUCCUGCCAAUUCGCCUUUCUCCAACCAGCUUCCCCGCGCCGCCCGCCCGUCGCCGCUCCUCCCCGCCCUCUCUGCCCGCAUCAGAUCGUCUUCCCCACGCCGUGUGACCGAGGUCCCGUGAUCCCUCCCACUUCUGCGCCGGCGAGGACCCGGGAGGCGGGAUGAGCGGCUGAGCACGACGAUGGCACGCAGAGCCACGCCGCAGGAGGCCGCCGUCGCUGCCGCGGAGGCCGCCAUACGAUCCGUAGGCCUGGGGUUCGACGUCGUCAGCGACGUCCGCCUCAAGUUCUGUAAGCAGCGGGGCGCGCCCGACCCCUGGCUCAUCGAACUUGACCAUGGGGAGGUCCAGGAUAUCGUGCUGCCCGGCGGCGUCACCGUCGCUGGCGUCACCGCUUCGGUUAAGUGUGACAAAGGGGAGCGGAUGAGGUUCCGCUCCGAUGUCCUGUCGUUCCAGCAGAUGUCUGAGCAAUUCAACCAGGAGCUAUCAUUGUCUGGGAAAAUUCCAUCUGGCUUCUUCAAUACUAUGUUUGAGUUUUCUGGCAGCUGGCAGAAAGAUGCUGCUAAUACCAAAGCACUUGCUUUUGAUGGUUGGUAUGUCACACUAUACAGUGUUGCGCUCUCAAAAGGGCAAAUUGUACUCCGGGAUCAUGUUAAACAGUCUGUUCCAUCAACCUGGGAUCCUGCCGCUUUGGCAAGGUUUAUUAAAAAAUUUGGCACUCAUAUAGUUGUUGGCCUAAAGAUGGGUGGGAAAGAUGUAAUUUAUUUGAAGCAACAACAUUCAUCAACCUUGCAAGCUGUCGACGUUCAAAAACGAUUGAAGGAGAUGUCAGAUAGUAGAUUUCUUGAUGCAAAUGUGCAAUAUGACAUGAGUAGGAACAAUCAGGAUUUGGUGAUGAUGCUUAAGCGAAGAGGUGGGAGGGAUAAAGAAUCUAUAUCUCAUAGUGAGUGGCUUAAUACUGUUCAAGCAGAGCCUGAUGUUACCUCAAUGUCCUUUAUACCAAUCACUUCGCUGUUGAAUGGAGUUCCUGGAAGUGGAUUUUUGAUCCAUGCAAUUAAUCUGUAUCUCCGACAUAAACCUCCAAUCGAGGAAUUACAUCAGUUUUUGGAGUUCCAGCUUCCAAGGCAGUGGGCACCUGUUUACAGUGAUCUCGCUCUGGGUCCUCAGAGGAAAAGACAAGGCAGUACAUCGUUGCCAGUAAAUUUAAUCGGUCCAAAGCUUUAUGUUUGCACUAACAUGGUUGAUGUGGGUAAAAGACCAGUUACAGGACUCCGGUUGUUCCUUGAAGGAAGGAAGAGCAACAAAUUAGCUGUACAUCUUCAACAUCUCUGCUCUCUUCCUCAGAUUAUUCAGCUUGAAGACGACCCUUACAAUCACCAAACCCCGGAAUAUGACCGCAAAUACUACGAACCAAUUGGACCGUGGAAACAUUUCUCUCAUGUUUGCACAGCACCAGUCGAGUCAGAUGACCUGUGCAUCGUCACAGGGGCACAAUUAGACGUGGUCCACCAAGGCCUCAAGAAAAUUUUGUUCCUUCGCCUACAUUUCUCCAAAGCCUGCAAUGCCGUUGUGAGGAACUCGGAAUGGGAGAAUUCUCCCAACAUAGCUCAGAAAUCAGGCCUUAUCUCAACACUCAUUAGCACACAUUUCUCCUCGGUAGCUCAGACGCCUCCGCCGCGGCCAGCCGAUGUGAACAUAAACUCGGCGGUGUACCCUGGGGGACCACCUGUUCCAGUGCAGACCCCAAAGCUGCUGAAAUUUGUUGAUCCAACAGAGAUGAUGCGUGGGCCGCAGGACUCACCGGGCUAUUGGGUGGUUUCAGGCGCAAAGUUGAACCUUGAGAGGAGUAAGAUCUCAUUGCGGGUGAAAUACUCACUGCUGACAGCUAUGAUGCCAGAUGAUGAGUUUCCACUUGAUGAUGAUGAAUUUUAGAACCUGGAACGAAAGAAACCUGUGUAGCAAAGGUUGAGGAUCCAAGAUUUCCGUCAUUUGGGCAUUUGUUUGAUGUUGUAUACUUUGUGGUUUCUUUAAACAUUAUAGCAUAAACGAGUUCUCUGCCCUGAAUGGAGCGAGAAGAAUUGUUGUAACAUUUCUUUGUAGCGUGGGCGUGGCACAUAGCGAUCAGCAUUAGAUGAUAGAUCAAAUUAUCUGUAUAUAUGGGAUGAAUAAAAAAUAUUGUUUCAAA